AUGUGCAACACGAUCCAUCGCAAAGACAAAUGGUUGGAUCACUGUAAGAAGAAACAUAGUUACAAGUUUAAGAACAAUUUAAAAAUCAAUUAUAAAGUGGUUGAAAUAAAAGUCGACAACGGCCCAUGGCAAAAAUACGUUCCAGACCCAAGCCCAAGCCAAUCUACAUCCCUGGAUGACAUCCCUCAUACUUUGACGAGUAGGCCUACCCAAGACCAAGAUGAAGAUGUUUUUGAGCCAACAUCAGAAAGUUUCCAAGAUAAAUCUACCAGCGAGAUCGAGACUGAUGCAAUUACUCUACCACUACUAGAAGUCACAGACUCUGAACUAGAAACACAAAGAUCAAACCAAGAGCUGGAAGAACAGGAACCUGACAAUUUUGGAACAAGUGAUGUAGAUGAACCAGACUCGGAUAUUUCAUCUAAUGAAGAUCACAGUGAUCCAGCUUCAUAUGCUAACCUCAAGCUCUCUCCUGAAGACAUAAAUGUGGCUCUAAAUUUGGAAAAUCAAGACUUAUCAUCAAUAGAAUUUCCUUCAACGGGUGGAAGAAAAUUUAAUCCUCUGUGGAAAAAUUGUAUAUUGCCCAAUAACAGUGUGAAACCUAGGAAGUGGCUAGUGUACAGUAAAAAAAAGGACGCUGUAUUUUGUUUGCCUUGCACACUAUUUGCACUUCCAACUGAACGGUCUGUAUGGGGAACAACCGGCUACAGAGGGUGGACAGAGCAUAGAGGAGAAAGAGAUUUUUUACUCCACGAGACUUCCAAAAAUCAUAUAUCUGCAGAGGUUGCCAGAAUUCAAUGGAUCUCACAAAAGAGAAUAGAUUCGAGCCUUGCUCAACAAUGUAACAGAGCAGUUGACCAAAACCGAGAAGUCCUGUCAGUUGUCAUUGAUUGUUGUAGUUACUUGAGUGAGGAAAUGAUUGCCUUUCGCAAAAACGAUGUUUUAGAAGGAAAGCUGUUAGGGUUAUUUAGACUUAUAGGAAAAUAUAGCCCAGAUGCGAGAGUUUACCUUGAAAAAAUUGAUAGAGCAAGGGCUGAGAAUGUAAGACUGGGAUCUAAUUUCUUGAGUUACAGGAAUAUUUUUGAUCUUAUCAAUACAAUGAGUGACGUGGUAGUUAAUAAAAUUGUAACAAGUGUGAAUUUAACCAACAUUUAUUCGAUUAUACUAGACUCUACCCAGGAUGUGAGUAAAAAAGAAUGUACCACUAUCAUAGUUCGCUACAUUGAGCACAUGGAUGAUACACAACAAACUACAAUAUCAAACGUAAAACCAAAAGAGCGCUUGGUCAAGGUUUUUACAAGUGGGGAUACAUCCGGGGAAAUGUUGUUUAGAGAGCUAAAGAAAUGCUUAAAAGCCCUAAACCUUGAUCCCAAAGGUAUAGUGGGCCAGAGUAUGGACGGUGCAGGGAACAUGAGAGGGCAGUUCAAAGGUCUCAAAUCACUAGUCACAAAAGAAAACCCUAAAGCUUUUUAUGUAUGGUGCUGCUCUCACAGGUUCGCCCUUGUUGUAGAGCAGUCCCUUGAUAUAUGCUGUCAAAUGAGGAAUUUGUUUUCAUUCUUGGAAGAUUUGUAUGUUUUCAUGUCAGGCCACAGGAGACACCACCUUUUGCUCGAAAAUCUAGAAAAGGGGGAAAAAAGAAGCAAGAGACGCUUAAAAAGAGUACAGACUACUCGUUGGUCGAGUAAAACUGACGCCCUUCAAACCAUUGUGAGUUGUUUUGAAACAAUAAGAGAUACAUUGCAAGAUUUGUCGACUGACAAGAAUUCUGACAACAACACCAAAGCCAAAGCAAUAGGCCCUCCUAAAGCAAAUGACAGAUUUUGA